AUGAAAUUAGUGCAUCGCAGAGGUUCAAAACUUACAGAAAUUAAUCCCAGAAAGUUGGAAUCAUCUUAUGGUUAGAAUUUAGAUCAGACUACUGAGAUUAAAGGAGACAACUUUUAUAAAACACAAUUACAGCUGAAACCCAUUAAAAUUGAAGAUUCAAAUUAGAAUGUCUAUUCAAACCACUCUUAAAACAUAAGGAGAUAAAUUCUAAAGGAGGCAGUAGCUUAAAACAGCAAUUACAUUAGCUUGAAUCUUAAGAAUACUACUAUCAAUCAGACUGUGACAAAGAAAGGUCUAAAUUUAUAGCUGUCAUUGACUAAUAAAGAGACUAAGGAGGAUUCUCGAAAUAUGGGCACGAAAAUAUCAAACCAAACUUAGACAAUCUUUUAAUCAAGCUAAACUAUGCCUAGAAGACAUAUUAGACCUUAAACUUCACAUAAAAGAAAUUAUCUGAUGAAUUAAACAUCUAUUUCUAAUGAUCCAUAUUCAGUAGUUGAAUCCUAGUAGCAGCUAAUGAAAGCAAUGAAGUAUAACAAAGGGAAUCAAAACAGAUCAAUAAGUACUAGCUCAUUAAGUCAACUUAAAGAUCUUUCUCCUAGCAAAAUGUUUGUUACUAGCUUUCAAUAUGAUGAAGAGGUUGAUUUUAAUUAGAAAAAUACGAUUGAUGAUAUCACUAUAGUGCACCUAUUUGACGCUAGAAUGAAGGAUAUGGAUUUACUAAAUAAAGGUUCAAUGAAAAAGGCUUUUGAGCACUUUAAACUAUAUAUCAAUACUCAUUCUAGGUAUGGUAAAUUAAAUCUCAAAAACAUGCAGAUGGGACUUAACUCAGCUUAUUUCAUCUCUAAAAUGCUAUAAAAAUCUCGAUUUUCGAAUGUGAAAAUCCUUAAUCUUUCAAACAAUAAUCUUUGUGAUGAUGGAACAAGGAUACUAUCAUACUACCUAAAUGAUAACUUAUCUUUGAUUGCAUUAAACCUUUCGUCUAAUAAUAUAACCUGCAUUGGUGCUAAGCAUUUAUUUGAGGCUCUUGAGAGCAAUUAAUCGAUUGUCGAUAUAAAUAUAUCCACCGAAAUAGAAAGUAAUACUCCAAAUAAAAUCGGCCCAGCUGGAGCUUAAAUGCUAGCUUAGUUGUUGUUAAGUUAGAAGUUUAUAGCCUUUAUUAAUUUGAAAGGAAAUGGAAUCGGAAAUAAAGGAUUUUAAGCGCUCUGUUAAGUACUAUAAAAUAGUAGCACUGUCCUUUCUUUGAAUGUUGAGAAGAAUCAUAUUUCAAAUAUAGGCUUGGAUAAGCUCACCUUAAUGAUGGAAUAAAAUGAUGAGCCAUUUAGGCUAUAGGAACUAAUAAUUGCCAAGAAUGACAUUGGAAAUCAAUCUAUUGAAAACUUUAUGCAAGAAUGCUGUAAUACGUCACAAAUUUUAAACUUAAACAUCUCUGACUGUUCCUUUGAUAACGAAAUAGCUCGAAGACUUUUUAAUUCCCUAAAGAAUGCAAGAUUUCUGAGUUAGAUAAACCUCUCAUCAAAUGUUAUCAGUUCUUGUCCAGAAUUUUUAAUGAAAGAAUUUAUCUUAUCUAAUUCUAAUCUUCGUAUUCUUAAUCUCAGCUAAUGCCAAAUGGGAGAUCCAGCAGCAAUAGGCUUAUUUAAAGGUCUUUAAAAGAACAAUAUACUAUUUAACCUCAAGCUUAGACAAAAUCUUUUGACUGAUGCUGUUAGUGAUCAUUUAUACAAUCUGCUCUAGUGCAAAGUAUCACUAUUGAAAUCAUUAGAUUUAUCUCAAAAUUAGUUGACAGAUAUUACAGGAGUAAAAAUUGCAAAUUCCCUUGAAACAAAUAUGAUUAUGAUCUCUAUAAAUCUUUAGGGUAAUAGUCUAAGGACAGCUUCUGGAGAAGCUUUUUCUAAGACUACAAUUUUAAACAAUACAAUUUAGAAGAUUAAAUUGCGAUUCAAUUUGAUUAAAUACAUACACAUGAAAUCAAUAAAUGCUAAUCUAGAUAACAAUAUUGCCAAUAAUCUUACCAAAGACAUUCCGUACAAGAAAGAGGAAAUUAAACGAAUGAAAUUUGAAUAAAAGAAAAAAACUGAAAUUACAUCAUAGAUUGAAUAGAUCAAAUCAGAUAAAGAUGUUGAGUAGAGUGAAAUUAUGGCUAUGGAAAAGGAAUUCUUAGAAAUUUAAUUAGAGGAAGAAUAGAGGACGAAGAGAUUGGAGGAAGAAUUAUAAAAGUUACUGAAAAAGAGAAGAGUCUUAGAUUUUGAAUUUGGAUUGCUUGAUGAUAAGGAAUAGAAAAUUUAAUGGAAAAAAGAAUAGGAAGUCCAGAUUCUUAAAUCUGGUAUUAAUGGAAUAGUUGGCAUGCUUCCUGUUUAUGCUAGAGAUAUAAAAGAAGGUCAAGAAAAAAAUAAGAAAUUAAGGAAAGAGUUUAGAGAAUAGAUUAUGGAUUUAAAGAGAGAAAAGAAUAUUGAGAAAGACAAGGAGGAAAAUUAGUUCUCAAUAUAUAAAAUGACAAGACGAGACCAUGAUAAUUAAGUAAGAGAAAUUGAAGUAGAGCAAAGAUCUAAAGAACUUUAAUAAUAAAUGAUGGAAGAAGAGAAGUUGAGACUAGCAAGUCUACCUUAGACAAAAAGUAAGAAGCAUAAGAAAAAUAAGAAAAAAGAUAAAAAGGAUAAGGACUCAGAGAAAAUGUGA